AUGGCUUAUAUUCAAGACGGGGCCUCUCUCGACAUCAUCGACUCUUCCUGUCCGCCUGUUUUUCAGACACCUAUCAAGCGUAUACAUCAAACAGAGGAUGUCCAAAGAUUUCUCGUCAGCGAAGCUUACCGAGACAUUGGCCUUUUCAUUCUUCAACUCAACCACGCCGUUUGCCCGCGACAACUAGCUGGUUCCUCUCUCUCUGUAUAUCCUCUUGGAUCGAAGACAACAUCAACGCGCUCCAUUCAAUCAUUACAGACACUUCUAUCAUGCAUCCGCACUCUGAUUGGCAAAGCGCCUCCAGAUCCUGGAUCCCACAGAUUCGGAAACGUGAGCUUUCGUACAUGGUUUCGACUCCUCAAUGCUGAGUUGGAUAACUUGCUGGACAAUGGGUUACUUGCGGAAACUCUCCGGGUUGGCAACGGGCGUGCUAAAGAUGAGGUAGCAAGUUAUUUGCUCGGGUCAUUCGGCAGCCCGCAGCGUCUUGAUUACGGCACAGGGCAUGAGCUUAGUUUCAUUGCUUUCCUUGGAUGUCUAUGGAAGUUGGGGCAUUUUAAGGACGGAAUACAAGGCGGGCACAUUGAAAGGGAAAUUGUACUCCUGGUUAUUGAACCGUACAUCGAUAUCGUGAGGCAACUCAUUACGACAUAUACUCUUGAGCCAGCAGGUUCCCAUGGUGUAUGGGGCUUAGAUGACCAUUCAUUCAUUCCGUAUAUUUUCGGGUCUGCACAACUUACCCGUCCACUCAUUAGCGAAGAUGAUCCUAUGCCCACUGAUGGCUCUAUAAGAGGCGCACCGAAACCAAGCGAUAUCACCAACCCCAGCAUUGUCGAGGAUAUGAGACAGGUUAACAUGUAUUUUUCGGCCGUUGCAUUUAUCAACGAUGUUAAAAAAGGCCCAUUUUGGGAGCAUAGCCCGAUGCUUUUCGAUAUUUCCGGCAUAAAAGACGGAUGGGGCAAAAUUAACAAAGGGAUGAUCAAAAUGUUCAACGCAGAGGUUCUAUCAAAGUUUCCUGUCAUCCAGCAUUUUCCUUUCGGUACGCUGUUCGCUUGGGAUGAGAAUAGAUCGACAUUAGAUUCAAAGCGUCAUAGAGAGCCUACCAGAUCGCAAAAUUACGUCGUUUAAGCUCAUGGCCACUGGUCCCAAGAUACAGGCAGAGAGGUACGGCAGAUUCAAGAGGUAUCGCCCCGCAGAAUUGCACCUGUUGCAAAGAUGGCUGGCUAAGACGAUGAAACAACGAAGAGAAAAGCCGGGAUGACAGAAGAUAUGAUCCAUCUGUGGCUGUAUGCUAACUGGCCAACUUUGGCUAAUUCGAUGCGGAUGGAAAACGCGUCUACAUGUGUAUAAGACUGCAAUGAGGAUUGUAAGGGGCCUUUUGGCUGUAUAUUCAACACGUUGAGAGGGAACGCAACAUAACAUCCAAAUCUGAAAUACAACUCUUUCAGUAUUAC